AUGGCUACACUUUAUAAGGAAGAAUUUCGAACAGAAUAUGAUCUUCAAGUUCUUGAAGUUGAAUUUAAAAAUUACAUUAAGGAUGUACGAGAAGGUGAACGAUUUAAUCAAUUGAAGAGCAUUGGAGAAUUUGCCAAAAAGAUGGUUGAUGGAAAAAAGCAUAUAAUAUAUCUUAAGGUUUACCUUCUCUUGAAACUUGCAUUGAUUUUACCCGUUGCAACAACGAGUGUGGAACGUGCAUUUUCAGUAAUGAAGUUGGUAAAGACUGAUGUACGCAACAAAAUGGGUGAUCAAUUUUUAAGUGAUAGUUUGGUGUCAUAUAUUGAAAAAAAUGUUUUAGAUAGUAUUAGUAAUGAUACAACUGUGAAAUUAUAUCAAGCUAUAAGACCUCGUCGGGUACAAUUGUAA